AUUAACUUCUCUGUCUUGCCUAAAACCUCUCGAGUCGAGUCUUUUCCGGCAGAACGCGGGUCACACACACACAGGUCAGAACUACAAGUCCCGGCGUGUGUGCCAGAACGCGGCUUCCGGCGCCGUCUGUUUCCCAGCAUGCCUUGUUCACUUCCGGGUUUGUCGAGACGGUGAAGAGGCCGGGGCUUGGCUCGGAGGGUCUAUGUCGCUCCGCACCUCCUAGGCAGUGGCUCUUCUGGAUGAGGAGGGGCUGCGGAGCCUCAGAGAGCUGCCGGGACGAAGUGCUGUCCUCCCGCGGGGCCGGAACGGGAGCUCGGGCGCCGCCGUGCGCCGCCUGAGCCCAGGACGCCCGCCCCGGAGCCUUUCUCCUCCACCAUGGCCGAGCUGAUCCAGAAGAAGCUGCAGGGAGAAGUGGAGAAAUACCAGCAGCUGCAGAAGGACCUGAGUAAAUCCAUGUCGGGGAGGCAGAAGCUGGAGGCACAGCUAACAGAAAAUAACAUCGUGAAGGAGGAACUGGCCUUGCUGGAUGGAUCCAACGUGGUCUUUAAGCUGCUGGGACCCGUGCUCGUCAAACAGGAACUAGGGGAGGCUCGGGCCACGGUGGGGAAGAGGCUCGACUACAUCACCGCGGAAAUUAAGCGCUACGAAUCGCAGCUUCGGGACCUUGAGCGGCAGUCAGAGCAACAGAGGGAAACCCUUGCUCAGCUGCAGCAGGAGUUCCAGCGAGCCCAGGCAGCAAAGGCUCCUGGGAAGGCCUGACCCCAUGGAAGGGGGAGGGGAGGGAGGGGUGAGGCAGCUCUGGUCUACACGAGAAUGGCCAAUAAAAUGUCAACAAAGCCA